AUGGACCCGCGCUUCCCGCCGCCGGCGCCGUCCUCUGCUGCCGCGGGUGCGCCGCGCGGCCACCGGCGGGCCCACUCCGAGACCUUCAUCCGGUUCCCCGACGCGGACCUGCUGCUCGACCCGGACAGCGACUUCUCCUUCUCCGACCUCGACUUCCCCUCCCUCUCCGACGACUCCCCCGCCGUCUCCUCCGACCCCACCCCGCCUCCUCCGCCGCUGCCGCCGCAGCAGCAGGGGGCUGCCGCGUCCCCGGCGCCGGCGCCGCGGCCGCCCGGUGGCGGGGGUGCGCAUAUGAGGAGCCUCUCGCUCGACGCCGCCUUCUUCGACGGCCUCGCGCUGCAGGGGGGAGGCGGAGGCGGAGCUGGGCAUAAGAGGAGCGGCUCCAUGGAUGGAGCGAGCUCGCCGUCCGACGGCGAGUCUGCGCUGUCCGGUGGGCUGCCGGACUACGCCAAGAAGGCCAUUCCCGCGGAAAGGCUCGCUGAACUCGCGCUCCUCGACCCCAAGCGCGCUAAGAGGAUUCUGGCCAACAGGCAGUCGGCCGCGAGGUCCAAGGAGAGGAAGAUCAAGUACACCGGCGAGCUGGAGAGGAAGGUGCAGACGCUGCAGACAGAGGCGACAACGCUCUCUGCACAGCUCACGCUUCUUCAGAGGGAUACUUCCGGUUUAACUGUUGAGAACAGAGAGCUCAAACUCCGGUUGCAGUCCAUGGAAGAACAAGCCAAACUUCGAAAUGCUCUGAAUGAUGCCCUGAGAGAAGAAGUCCAGCGGCUUAAGAUAGCGGCAGGUCAAGUUCCAAACAUGAAUGGAAACCCCUUCGGCGGAGGGCUGCAGCAGCAUCAGCAACAGCAGCAGCAGAUUCCGAACUAUUUCUCGCAGCAGCAGAUGCACUACCAAGGUCAUCAGCAUCACCACCCCCAAAACCACUCCCAGAAUUCUUCGAAUGGAGGCCAGUCGCUGAGUGGUCAGUCUCUAAGCGACUCCAUGGAUUUCAUGUGA